CUGUGUACGCCAACGAGACAAUUCAACUCCUUUCUUGUUCUCUAUCCAGUGUCUCUCCGUUCCAAAUCAUCAGAUAAUUCCAACCCUAACCCACUUCAGCUCCCAAACACCUCUCCUUUUCUCUCUGAUCUCUCUCUACAAAACUAGGGUUUCUCACAACGAAUCUCUGCUAUUUUACUCCAAAUCUCAAGACCCUCCAUAGCCAACCAUGGACGCCCAGAGAGCUUUGCUCGAUGAACUCAUGGGUGCAGCUCGUAAUCUCACUGAAGAAGAGAGAAAGGGGUACAAGGAAAUCACAUGGGAUGAUAAGGAGGUCUGUGGAUUGUACAUGGUUCGGUUUUGUCCCCAUGAUCUUUUUGUCAAUACGCGGAGCGAUCUUGGACCAUGCCCUAGAAUCCAUGAUCUGAAGUUGAAGGAAAGUUUUGAGAAUUCCCCAAGACAUGAUUCAUACGUGCCAAGGUUUGAAGCAGAACUAGCUCAUUUUUGUGAGAAAUUGGUGAUGGACUUAGAUAGAAGAGUUAGGCGUGGCCAAGAACGCCUUUCUCAAGACGUGGAAGCUCCCCCACCUCCUCCAGUCUCAGCAGAAAAAUCUGAGCAGUUGUCAGUGCUGGAGGAAAAAAUAAGGAAUCUGCUGGAACAAGUGGAAACCCUUGGUGAAGCUGGCAAAGUGGAUGAAGCUGAAGCACUCAUGAGAAAGGUGGAGACACUUAAUACUGAAAAGACAGCUUUGACUCAGCAAUCCCAGAAUGAGAAAGUAUUAAUGCUUGCGCAGGAGAAAAAGAUGGCUCUUUGCGAGAUAUGCGGUUCUUUUCUAGUUGCCAAUGAUGCUGCAGAGAGGACUCAAUCUCACGUUACUGGCAAGCAGCAUAUUGGUUAUGGCAUGGUUAGGGAUUUCAUUGCAGAGUACAAGGCUGCAAAGGAAAAGGCCCGUGAAGAGGAAAGGCUAGCAAGGGAAAAAGAAGCAGAAGAACGGAGGAAGCGAAGGGAGAAGGAAUUUGAGAGUAAAGGUAGAAGAAGUGAUUCUGCUGAUAGGGACAGGCAUCGUGAUCGGGAUCAGGAUAAGGAGCGGGACAGAUACCAGGAGCGAGACCGUGACCGGGAAAGGUCUCGCGAGAGGAAUAGUAGAGGAAGCCGGGAUGGGGGACGAGGGCAGGAUUGGAAACAAAACAAUUACAGGAAUGGAAGAGAUGGAGGCAGGGACAGGUACCGUGAUCGGAACGCAUAUAUGAAUCGUGAUAGGAGCAGAUCCCGUUCCCCUGUUAGGCAUGGCCAUAGAAGGUCAUCCAGAAGUCCAGUUCGCCCAUAUUAAUGGAUUGCAUAAUUAGAUACCUGAACUUUAAAGUCAAAAGAGCUUUAUUGAGACUUUUACCAUCUCCCUAUCAUCGAUAAUUAGAGGAGAAAGGGUUGAGGUAGGUAUAACUUCAUCGUUAUGACUCCUUUUAUGUUCUCUCUCAGGCUUUUGUUGAACUUAAUCUCUCUUGUGGGUCACCUCUGAAAUAUUAUUUUCAGAGUUUUUUGUCCCUUCUUUUUGGGGUAUUGUUGUUGGUAACCUUAGUGAGGAGGGAAGAAUUCAAAUAGAUAUGCAUGACCUAUACUGCCGGUGAAGGUGAUGAUAUCUUUUUUGCAACCUUUAAGGUAACUGAAAAUUCUUGACUUGAUGGUUGCACCCAGAGACUUAUUUCCAUGAUUAUUUCGUAUUUGGUUUUCCUUUUCUACUGAUCAUUCAGUCCACAGGAGAUCAUGAGUUUUUUUGCCUCUCAUAGGUAACUGAAAAUAUUUACUUGGUAGAUUUAUUUUCCUGAUUAUCGUGGAUGUUGGUUUUCUUUUCUACUGAUCAUUCAAUUGCCAGGAUAUCAUGUGAAUUUGUUUUGCAACUCUGAGGUAACUGGAAAAUCUUAUUGACUUUUAUAUGCCUGAUUAUCACGGAUAUGGGAUCCUCUUCUACUGAUUAUUCAAUUGACUUGAAACAAAUUCUUGCUUACUGUUGCUGAAUUUGUGUUUUAUGUUUACAAGCUUCAUGAUUAUGGUUUUCUUGGAGGUUGUCCUUUUUGCUUUGUGAUAAUUUACAAAAAUUGGGAAUCCACCUCCCAUGCUUCCUGCCACUUGUAUGUUUGUAGAAUAAGUGGAACUGUGCAUGCACUCUGCAUUGAACAUGACAAAGAAGGGGAGAAGGGGCGGGUUUAGGGGAAUUACUAGUGUGAUACUGUUCCAAUUAUAUCCUUGCAUAUAAUUGUCCUAGUAGCGGAGAACCUUUGGGUUUUUGCAAUUUCAACUUGAAAUCAGUACUAGGUAUAGCUCUCAUCUUUAUUUAUAGGAUCUACAUAUUAUUCCCCCCUCUUAGCAGCACUUCUUUUCAGCAGAAAGUGUUUACUUUUUUCCACCUGACAAUCUGCUACUGUGGACUGGGCUGCGAAGCUCCAUCUCUUGGAAAAUUUAGAAAUGCAAUUGACUUGGUACCGUGAGGUAACUGAAAUUUAAAUCUCCGCCAAUAGCAUCUUUCUAUGUCGAGUUUGCAGGGAAAAUCAUAUUCUGGUGAAGAUCCUCGGGUGAUUAACUUGUGGAUGGGUGAGAAAUUCUUUUUCCUAUUAUAUUGCUAGGAGUGGUCUGUGCAAAGAAUAAUUUUUGAGUGUGUGCUGCUCAGUGAAUUAGUUACAAAGAACAGAUUAUUGAAAAAGGAGGAAGCUUUUUGCGACUGAAGUUGGGGGAACAAUACUUUUUUGCUUUUGCUUUUGUUUUUGUUUUUGUUUUUGUUUUGUUUGGUUUUUUGGAGGAUUGGGGAACAAUACUUGUUAUAUUUGUAGAGCCAUCAUAGAUAGGAAGAUGAAAAUUCCACUAGAAACUUUGCUUUUAAUCUGUAUGUUUUAAGUUGUGAGCUUUAAUUUUUAAUUUGUUUCCUUUUUUUCUCCUCUAAAUUUUUAAAGAACCUCUGAAGUUGUAAUAUUGAAAAAAAGCAAGUUGCAUCUAUGAACCGUAUUAUACA